AUGUCUUUCAAAUCCCAAUCAUCCGAAAUACAAAGAAGGAAACAAAUGUUGGCAAUUUCACGACAAACACUUUCAGAAUUAAUGGAACUUUUAAGGCAAGACAGAAGUCCGGUAUGCCAGGGAACUGCUUGCAGGCCAGUCCUUGAACAUAGUAUACAGCAACAUUUAACACAUUUCUCUAUGGUAGGGUUUUCUGUUUUGGAGAUUUUAAUUUGUUUGUUUGUUCUAUUAGUCUGUGCAUGUUUUGUCACCCACGGUUUUGGCACUCCAGCAAUUCUUGCGGCUUUGACUGCAGUUAUGAGCUGGCUUAAUGAAUCGGAGAAGAAUUUAUUACAACAACAAUCAAAUGAGACAAAAUAA